ACUAGAGAAAGGCGACAGCUCCCAAGCCCCAGGCAGAGGCCUCCAGACAUGGAGCAGAAGGAAGGAAAACCCACUGAGGAUGGGACUCCCGUCUCUCCGACCACAGAGAACCCUGGAACGUCAGGAGGUGGCUCUGCAGAGGAGAAGACCAAAGGCACAGCUGGGCAGACUGUCAAAGAGGGGCCUCCAGAAGGGGCAGGAAAGCAGGAAGAAGCACCAGGCGAGGGUGGCAUGCCAGUGGAAAGCCAGGGGGAAGCCAACGGCUUAGAUGAGGUUAAGGUAGAAGAAUCCCAGAAGGAGGCCAGUGGGAAGGAGGAGGCCAAGGCUGAACCUGAAAAAGAGGCCACAGUGGCUUCUCGGGAGAAGACUGGCGGGGAAGAAGAGACCAAAUCUGAACCCAAGGAGGCGGAGGCAAAAGAGGAGGCCACGCAGGCCUCAGAAACGCAGAAGACUGAUGAGAAAGAGGCCAAGGCUGGUGAGAAUGAGGCCAAGGCUGAUGAGAAAGAGGCCAAGGCUGGUGAGAAAGAGGCUGAGGCUGAUUCUAGGGGGAAAGCUGAUGUGAGGGACAAAGACAAGCCAGAACCCAAGGAGGCCGUUGGGGAGGAGGCUGCCAACAAGGAGACCAAGACUGAAUCUCAGAAGAAGGCUGCCAUGAAAGAGGAGGAGCAGAAAGAACCCCAGGAGGCGGAUGGGAAACAGGAGGCUGACUCUGAUGCAAAAGAAUUGGUGGAGCCAGGGGAUGCCACUGAAGAGCAAGAGCGGAAUGAGGGAAAAGAGUCAGAGGAAGGGGCAGCGGUGAUACCCAGCUCCCCUGAGGAGUGGCCUGAGAGCCCCACGGAGGAAGGCCCCAGCCUCAGCCCAGAUGGACUGGGCCCAGACUCUGCAGCUUCUGGAGAGACCAGUCCUUCAGCCAGUGAGUCUUCACCCAGCGAUGUGCCCCAGAGUCCCACGGAGUCCCCUCCUUCCGGGGAGAAGAAGAAGGAGAAGGCACCGGAGCGCAGGGUGUCAGUCCCAACGCGGCCCCGGGGACCCCGUGCCCAGAAUCGCAAAGCCAUUGUGGACAAGUUUGGCGGGGCAGCCUCGGGCCCCACUGCCCUGUUCCGGAACACUAAGGCAGCUGGGGCCGCCAUUGGCGGGGUCAAGAACAUGCUGUUGGAGUGGUGCCGGGCCAUGACAAGAAACUACGAGCACGUGGAUAUCCAGAAUUUCUCCUCCAGCUGGAGCAGUGGCAUGGCCUUCUGUGCUCUCAUCCACAAGUUCUUCCCUGAUGCCUUUGACUACGCGGAACUGGACCCCACAAAGCGCCGACACAACUUCACCCUGGCCUUCUCCACUGCAGAGAAACUGGCGGACUGUGCCCAGCUGCUGGAGGUAGAUGACAUGGUACGGCUGGCAGUGCCCGACUCCAAGUGCGUGUACACCUACAUCCAGGAGCUGUACCGCAGCCUCGUGCAGAAAGGGCUGGUGAAGACCAAGAAGAAAUGAGCUGACAGGCCUUGUGGGUGGAGGCG